AUGUCAGGCAGUGCGACACCAAGGACUACUCAACAGGGACUGAUUAACGGUCGCCUUCAUCCUGUGUGGGACUCACACAUCAUGGAUCCCAUAAAUGACGCAAGGUUUUACGAGUCACUCAUUAAACCACCCCGUCAACGAAACCAAGAUGACAUUCGGAAUAUCUACGACCAGCUGAGACAACUUGACAUGUUUUCGAAUCUUUACAACGGUCCAUUGAAGGCGAUUUGCGCAAACGCGCGAUACGAACGACAUCCUGGACAUUACGUGCUGUACCGGGAAGGUCAAGUUGCAACGUGCUGGUAUAUACUACUGUCAGGCUCUGUCCUCAUCGAAAACAACAUUUGCCUUCCAUACGGGUGUUUUGGUAAAAGAAAUGGUAUGAGUUACCGACGCACUCAAGACUGUAUGCUGCUACAAGAGUCCGAGAUGAUCGUGAUAGACUACCCGGACGUGCCACACAUCGUUGCCACCCCGUCUUCUCCGCAACUGAAGCAGAUGCGUAAGAGCGUUCACGCAAUUGACGCCGAUACUCGAGCCAUGCCGCCUCCUCCGAUCCCACCACGGCCGCCCCGUUUGCCACCGGCUCGAGCUCCACCACCACCAGUACCUCGCGGACUGCCAAGAUCGUACCCGGUGGAGUUUCCCGUUGAUGUUCCAACAACUUCUACAUUCACCUCUGUUGCUGAGAAUCACCGGAGCCAGGUGUACUUGAAUGGAUUAAUGUCCGACGAGGACACCUUAGUACGUGUGAAACACCGUCGAGAGAAAAGUAAUUCAAUCGGACAUGUGGCGAAUGGCUCAGCACGCCGUCUUCGCGUUCGAAGUACCGCCUCGUCAACAACCACCGAAGGCGACGAUGCCAGUGGCAGUGCAGGGGCGGACCCUGUUGAUUCGGAAGAAGAGGACGAUGAUGGAUCAUGUCCAUCGCACGAAAGCUUCGUGGAUUUGAAAGACUCCGUUCGAGAAUGUCUCGAGAAGGAACCAACUGAACGAAACAGCGAGGAUUUAGCUGUUUUAUUGGAUUUUAUGCAACAUAUGUCUUCAUUCGCCUCACUGCCAAUGUCAAUAAAACGACAACUGUGUCUGAAGAUGGUUUUUGCUGUAGUUAACGACGCUGGAACUGUUGUAAUGCAUCACAACGAGAAGCUGGAUGCUUGGUCAGUGAUUGUGAAUGGACUUGUUGAAGUAGUGAAACCGAAUGGUGAACGGGUAGAAUACAAACUAGGCGACUCUUUUGGAGCUGAACCAAAUCCAGCUGUGCAGUAUCAUGUUGGCGAAAUGCGAACGAUGGUGGAUGACUGCGAAUUUGUGUUGGUUGAGCACAAGGACUUCUGCUCGAUCAUGUCAACCAUUGGUGAGCAUAUUGAGAAGGAUCGUGAUGGACUUACAGGGGAGAUUGUCUCGGAGACUGAAAGAAGAACUGUAGGCAGUCAAGUUGGACUUGUGCUCAUCAAAGGAAAGCCGGACAAAUUAAUACAACAUCUGGUUGACGAUCGCGACAGCAAUGUGGAUCCACAUUACGUAGACGACUUUCUACUCACUUAUAGAGUAUUCAUCCAUAAUCCAGUCAUCAUUUUCGAAAAGUUGAUGAUGUGGUUUGCGGAUGGUGCUCUUAGAGAUAAGAUUGCACGAAUAGUUUUGUUGUGGGUAAACAACCACUACAACGAUUUUGAAACGAAUGACGAGAUGACGAAACUUUUAGAAAGGUUUGAAGGAGCGCUGGAACGUGAUGGCAUGCAUAGUCAGCAAAGCUUACUGAAUAUCGCGUGUUCUGUAAAGGCGAGAUCCAGAACAGUGGUGUAUUCGAGAGCAAAUAAGGAUGAUGCUCUUCAUUUUUCUGUGCAAGGUGGGAAGGACUGUGGCUGUGGAAUCUUCAUUAAUGAAGUACAGGUUGACUCUCCUGCCGAGCGUUGCGGUAUGAAAAGAGGAGAUGAAAUAUUGGAUGUGAACGGGCAACCUAUGAAGUAUUUAACACUGAUGAAGGCGCAGGAAAUAAUGAAGGGCAGCAUCUCCUUGACCAUAACCUUGAAAAGCAACAUUCUUGGUUUCAAAGAGUUGCUCGGCAGAACUGAACGAGAUGGAUCGAAGAUCUCGUCCAAAAAUAGGGCCCUAGCUGGAGCUUUGACACAGGCUCGCGGUAGCAUGCCGAACGUCAUACCUGUGAAGUCAACGAAAGCCGUAAAGAUCGGAGAAUUCAUGUCAUUAGGUUUCGCUACAAUACACCGGAAAACGAGCAUGAUGGACAAGUUGAUGACGAUACUAAAGUCGUCAAAAGACGGGGAAGAUCUAGUUGAUGAAGCACGCACAACUACGAGUCCACUGCGACCGAGUAGAUCUAAUCCUGACAUCACAUCGAUAUCACAGUACUAUGGACCAGUGAAGAGCGAAUGUCCAGAACAUGUGCUAAAGAUUUACAGGAGCGAUCAAACGUUUAAAUAUCUAGCAGUGUACAAGGAGACCACUGCCCAAAAUGUUGUUCAAUUAGCACUGCAGGAGUUCAACAUGACAGCCGAAGGCAGCUUAGAGUGGUCAUUAUGUGAAUGCACGGUGACAGAAGAUGGUGUAAUAAAACAAAGGCGACUGCCUGCUCAAAUGGAGAAUCUUGCAGAACGCAUAGCGUUAAACAGCAGAUACUACCUAAAGAACAAUAAUCGAUCUGAGCCACUUGUUCCUGAUGAUCUUGCUCCUGAAAUUAUGAGAGAUGCGCAGGCGCAGCUGCUCAGCCUCAAUGCGCAGGUUGUGGCUGCCCAACUUACUCUACAGGAUUUCGCUGUGUUCGCUUCUAUAGAACCAACGGAAUACAUUGAUAACCUUUUUCAGCUGGAAUCAAGGUAUGGAUCUCCACGCCUUGAAGAAUUUGAGCGGAUAUUCAACCGUGAAAUGUGGUGGGUAGCGACCGAAGUGUGUUCUGAGAGGGUUAUUCAGAAGAGAGCCAAACUUAUCAAGAAGUUCAUUAAAGUGGCAAGAUACUGUCGAGAGUUGCGGAACUUCAAUUCUAUGUUUGCCAUAAUGAGUGGGUUAGACAAACCGGCUGUACGUCGACUGCACUCAACAUGGGAAAGAAUUUCGGGCAAAUAUAUUCGUAUGCUCGAGGAUAUCCAGCAGUUAGUAGAUCCUUCACGAAACAUGUCAAAGUACCGUCAGCAUUUGGCAGAAGUUUCGCAAGAACCACCGGUUGUGCCCAUCUACCCAGUAAUUAAAAAAGACUUAACUUUUUCGCACGAAGGAAAUCCUACUUAUUGCGAUAAGCUGGUGAACUUCGAGAAAUUGCGAUUGAUAGCGAAAUCUGUACGAGCGGUGAGCAAGCUGAGCAGUGCUCCAUACGAGAUCUCGAGUAUGGCGGAAAGGAGCGGCGGCACAAUAAGCGAUGCUUUGCUGCAUAUGAACACUUUCGAAGGAGGGAAUGUUGCUACAAUGCGGAAGGGUGGAAGAGUCAUUCAACCAAGGAAAAAGGUUUACGAACAAGCUCUUAUGGUUCGUAAGGUGAAGGCUUAUUUGGAUGGGCUGAAAGUUGUGGACACUGAAUCUGAGUUGGACCGACUUAGCUAUGACAUUGAACCACAACAAGCAGGGCCACGGAUACGUCGUGCACCGAGCCCCUCUCCGUCGUCAGUGUCCUCCCAGUCCGCCGAGUCCAACUCAACGGAUCAGCGUCGUUUCAGAGGUGGAAUUAUGUUUGGUGUGGACUCCCCACAGGCAGUGCAGAAAAUGCUAGGCCUCGUACAAACAAGCAAAUCUAAAGGUGCUCCUUCUCCGGUACAACCCCUAGCGAUCUCGGGUGGUAAUAGGGGUUUACAAAGAAAUGUACCACGGGUAUCAUCCAGGCAACAGUCUGUACCUACGAUACAACGUUCGCCGUCGUUUAAGCAAGAGCCUGUUGAUUUGAACAAAGAAUCGAGUUCUGUAACGAACUUCUACGGUGCUGAUCCUUCGAAAAAGCGAUCAUUCCCUAUUUCUACAAAGCCUCCUACUGUUCCAGUCACUGUUGUGCAACCGUCUCGUUAUGCCCAAUUCUCCAACAAUCGUUCACCUUAUGCAACACAACACUCUACCAGAAGUUCUUCUCUCACUAGCGCGAUGCUUUCCGAUUCCAUGACCCCGUAUUUUUCUCUGAAAGGGGCAAGAACCGUACAAAUCAGUUCUUCCUCUUCGAUUGCUAAGGAAAAUCCCUUGGUUGGGAUUAAAGAUGUCACUCUUCUCAACGACAAGCAAAUUUCACGUGUCUAG